CCGCAGCUCCCGCUUCCAAGAUGGCGGCAGCGGUUCCUGUUCGGCUGUCUGGGUGAUGGUGACGACUGGCUGCAGAAGGUCAGCCGGUCCUAAGAUUGCUGUUGGAGUGCUGGAUGGAGCCUUUCUCUGUCCUCUGUGACAUUUCCAAUUUUUUAUAAUGCCUCACAUCUCUGCUCCCCCGGGACCCCGUGGAGUCCCCAUGAUCCUGAAGAAGACAGCUUGAACCUAGUUGCGGCGAGCGGGGGCUACUCUUCGUUGCAGUGUGCGGGCUUCUCAUUGCAGUGGCUUCGCUCAUUGUGGAGCACGGGCUCUAGGCGCGUGGGCUUCAGUAGUUGCGGCACGCGGGCUCAGUAGUUGUGGCACACAGGCUUAGUUGCUCCGUGGCAUGUGGGAUCUUCCCGGACCAGGGAUCGAACCCGUGUCCCCUGCAUUGGCCGGCGGAUUCUUAACCACUGCGCCAGUGACUACACCCCAGGAUGCUGCGGAGGCUGCUGGAGCGACCCUGCACUCUGGCCCUGCUUGUGGGCUCCCAGCUGGCUGUCAUGAUGUACCUGUCACUGGGGGGCUUCCGAAGCCUCAGCGCUCUAUUUGGCCGAGAGCAGGAGCCGACAUUUGACUACUCUCAUCCUCAUGAUGUCUACAGUAACCUCAGUCACCUGCCUGGGGCCCCUGUUGCCCCAGGGGGCCCCCCAGCUCCUCAAGGUCUGCCCUACUGUCCAGAACGAUCUCCUCUCUUAGUGGGUCCCGUGUCCGUGUCCUUUAGCCCAGUGCCGUCACUGGCAGAGAUUGUGGAGAGGAAUCCCCGGGUGGAACCGGGGGGCCGGUACCGCCCUGCAGGGUGUGAGCCCCGGUCCCGAACAGCCAUCAUUGUGCCCCAUCGCGCCCGGGAGCACCACCUGCGCCUGCUGCUCUACCACCUGCACCCGUUCCUGCAGCGCCAGCAGCUUGCUUAUGGCAUCUAUGUCAUCCAUCAGGCUGGAAAUGGAACAUUUAACAGGGCAAAGCUGCUGAAUGUUGGGGUGCGGGAGGCCCUGCGUGAUGAAGAAUGGGACUGCUUGUUCUUGCAUGAUGUGGACCUCUUGCCGGAGAAUGACCACAAUCUGUAUGUGUGCGACCACCGAGGACCCCGGCAUGUUGCUGUUGCCAUGAACAAGUUUGGAUACAGCCUCCCGUACCCCCAGUACUUUGGAGGGGUCUCGGCGCUCACUCCCGACCAGUAUCUGAAGAUGAAUGGCUUCCCCAAUGAAUACUGGGGCUGGGGUGGUGAGGAUGAUGACAUUGCUACCAGGGUACGCCUGGCUGGGAUGAAGAUCUCUCGGCCCCCCACAUCUGUGGGACACUAUAAGAUGGUGAAGCACCGAGGAGAUAAGGGCAACGAGGAAAAUCCCCACAGAUUUGACCUCCUGGUCCGAACCCGGAAUUCCUGGACUCAAGAUGGGAUGAACUCACUGACAUACCGAUUGCUGGCUCGAGAGCUGGGCCCUCUCUAUACCAACAUCACAGCAGACAUUGGAACUGACCCUCGGGGUCCUCAGACUCCCUCUGGUCCCCGUUACCCACCUGGUUCCUCCCAGGCCUUCCGUCAGGAGAUGCUGCAGCGCCGGCCCCCAGCCGGGCCCGACCCUCUGCCUGCUGCCAACCACACAGCUCCCCAUGGUUCACACUGACUCCUCCUUAAUCAUGAAACUGAAUCCGAAGAGUUGUAUUCUCCCCACCCUCAGCUCCUCACUGCUCUUAGAGGGGAUGUGGGGAAAAUGAACUCUACUGCCGUGCUGGGGGCAGGGGCCUCUCCUCACUGCUGGACUGGAGCUGGGCUCCUCUAGCCCUGGGGGGGUCCCUCUUUCUAGGGUCACCAGCCAGGGCUUAUGACUGUGAAUCCUUGAUGUCAUGAUUUUCUGUGAUGACUCCUAGGUGGCCCCUGCCCACGGGGUAAGAGCAGGGCUGGACCCCAAAUCCCUUCCUCUUCCAUGGAGAGAAGAGUGAUCUGACUUUUCCCGGGACCUCUGUGAAUAUUUAUUCUAUUUAUGGUUCCCAGGAAGUGUGUUUGAAGGAAGCCCCUCCCAGGGUACUUUCUGCCAGUGUUGGAGUAGCUCCCUCUUCUGGACCUUGCUCAGGGGGCUGGGAUUUUGAUAUAUUUUCUAAUAAAGGACUUUGUCUUGCCUCUG